UUUUUUUUUCUUCGAAUGCAUCAAAUUUUGAUAUAUCGAAAAAAAAUAUACCAAAAUCAAAAAAUUAAAAAGAAAAAGAAAAGAAAAAAAAUUUAAAAAAAAAUUUUUUAAUUUUUUUUUUUAAAUUUUUUAAAUAAAAUAUUUUCCAAAAAAGUUUUGUUUUUUUUUUUUCCUACAACACAAUGACAACUACAAUGACUACAACUACAACUUAUAAUAAUCAGUUACAGUUACAACCAACUUUUUCUACACAACCAUUACAAACUUUUCACCCUCAAAUACCAUCGCAACAACCACCUUUACCUAUUCAAACUAUUCAAAGACAAAGACAAGCUUAUACUUUUUCAUGGACUUUAAGGGGUUUUAAUGAAUUAUAUCGUCAGAUGUCUCAUUCAAAUUUUACUUAUUCGGAUCGUUUUCAUACUCCAAGAGGUACUCAUGAUCCUUCUUUAUUAUGUCCUCCUGGUUGGUCUGAUUGUUCUUCAAUGUUUCCUUCUCAACGUUCUCAUUUAAAUUGUUUUGAUGAUACCGCUUAUCUUUGGAGAAUUCGUUUAUAUCCAAAUGGUAGUAUUAAAAAAUUACCUACUCAUAUUUCAAUAUAUUUAGAAGCUAUACAAACUUUAUUUGAAAAACAACAUUUUAUUACAAAGAGAUCUAUACAAUUUAAAAUACAGGUUUUUCGUUUAAUUAAAUCUAAAAAUCAAUCAUCUCAUAAUAAUAAUAAUAAUAAUAAUAACAAUAAUAAUGGAAACAACAAUACCAACAACAACAACAAUAACAACAACAACAAUAAUAAUAAUUUUAAUAUUAAUUCUCAAUUGGAUGUUUGGAAAGAAACUCCUAUAUUAAUUUAUGAGACUAAAGAUAUGUUAAGAUUUGAUUAUGAAUUUCAAAAUUCAAAUACUUUAUUUGGUGUACCUUCAAUUGGAACUUUUUCUAAUUUAUUUCCUCAUGUGGAUCCAAAUAUAGAAGAUGUUGAUUUAACUGUACGAAUUUCUAUUUAUAAUAAUAAUUUAACAAAUGAUAUUAUUACCCCUUAUACUCCUUUUUAUAGAAAUGAUUUCUUUGAACCUGAACCUAUAAUUAGAUCUCCUGCUUCUUUUGAAAGAUUUUUUAAUAAUGAAACUUUUUAUGAUGUAGCUUUCACUUUUGAUAAUGGUAUGCGUACUAUAAAAGCUCAUCGUAUAAUAUUAUCUCAACGUUCUGAAUAUUUUGAAAAAUUUUUAAGUGGUAAUUGGUCUGGUGGUGAUGGUAAUAUGAAAAUUAUUCCAAUUAAACAUAUUCCAUUUGAUACUUUUCGUGUAAUCUUAUUUUAUUUAUAUACUUUAAAACUUCAAGAUGAUUUGGAUUUUGAUUUAUUAAGGGAUAUUUAUACAAAUGCUGAUAUGAUGAGAUUAGAACAAUUAACUCAAUUGGUUGCUGAUAGAAUUAUUUAUUUGGUUAAUCUUGAAAAUUGUCAUCAAUUAUUAGAAUUGGCUUGGAAUUCAAAUAGUUAUACUUCAAAAAUUAUAUUGAAGACUACUGCUUAUGAUUUUGUAUUUAAAAAUUGGAAUUUAUUAAGAUCUUCUGAAAGUAUUAAAUACUUAAUAUGUAAUGCUCCUUCUAUUGAAUGUAUAGAAGAAUUAAUGGAAGCUAGAAUGUUUGGUGUCGCUAAAUAAGUUUAAUUACAAAUUUAUUAUAAUUCCUUUUUUUUUUUUUUUUUUAAGAUGAUUUUUGAUAAUUUAUUAACAAAAAAAAAUUCUAAUAUAUUUUCUAUCAGAAAUUCAGCGAAUUUCAAUAUUGAUGACUUUAACAUCUUCAAAUGGUUUAUCCAAUUUAUCGGUCUUUGCAUU